AUGAUAUCCGCUCAGGAAACAGAGUUUUUCAGCAAAAAUGGCUUCCUUUUAAUUCCUAACUUUUUGUCGAAAUCGAAAUGCAGCCAACUCCUCGCAAAGUCGCAUAAGUACCUCCAGAAUAUGGAUCUUGCAAACCACCCACUGACUCAAUUCACCACUAGUGACAAGGGACAUGUGGGAGAUAGAUAUUUUCUCAACUCAUCGGAUAACAUUUCGUUUUUUUUUGAGCCUGAUGCCUUCGGGGAGGUUGACGGUCAACAACGACUCAUGAAACCUAAGGAGAAAGCAGUGAACAAAUUCGGUCAUGGGCUACACUUCUGCGAUGAGGACUUCGCUGAAAUAACUACUGGGAAUCGCGACGUCGUUGAAAUUGCUCGUGCCUUGGGUUUCCAGAGUCCUAGAGCUCUGCAAUCCAUGAUUUUAUGCAAGCAACCAGAGAUCGGUGGCGCCGUCCCACCUCAUCAAGAUAGCGUUUUCUUGUACACUAGUCCGGAAAGUGCGGUCGGAUUUUGGAUUCCUUUAGAAGACGCAACACUAAAGAAUGGUUGUCUAAGUUUCGCACCGGGCACUCAUCUCGACCAUCCAAUAACUAAACGCUUUGUUAGAAGGUUCGACAAAGACUCUGGAAAGGAACUUGAGGGAACCGAGUUUAUGUACUUUCCAAAUGCUCAGGAGCAGGAGAAGAAUUUGCCUCACGAUGAUUCGCUGGGGUGGGAAAGCGUUGAGUGCAAAGCCGGUGACUUGGUGUUGAUUCAUGGAUCUGUCUUGCAUAAGAGCGAGACAAACACAUCUGAUAAAUCUCGCUUUGCAUAUGCAUUCCAUUUAAUCGAAGACAAUGCAGAUUACGAUAAAUUGAACUGGCUUCAAUCAAAGGUCAAAUCGUUACUUUAUUAG